AUGGCGACUGCAACAAAUGUUCAUCUGAAUCCCGUCGAGGAUGUGGGUGUCUACAGCUCUGGUAUUCGCGAAGAUGCGGCUCGCGUUGCCAGCAAGAUCUUACAAGAAGAUAUGGAGAGCCAUCAUGUCUUCUUCAAUGACGAAGGAUUCCAUAAUCAUAUCGUCCAUGGAAUUCUCACUCUCUAUGCACUCGGCGCAUCCCCCGAGGAGAUUCUGGCCAGUUACGAGAGGAACAAGCGCUAUCAACGACCAGCACUUCCCAUUAACAAGGAUACUAUCCAAGCUAUGCAUGAUAGCACCAACUUCCAAGGCUAUCUAGGAAAGGAGCAGCAGUACUCGAAUUUCCUGGCUUAUUUUCAGAAUGCUAUUGACACCAAGGGAGUCAGUCAAGUCCUGAAGGACUUCCUAUUUGCCGGAGACGACCGCGCUGAAACGAUGUUGAGCCGACUUUUCGGAGGACUGGUACACCCGCUCAUUCAUCUCGGCUUCGGCCUAGAGUUCAAUCAGCCUGCCAUUGUGGCCCAGGCUUUAGCCCAAGCAGCAGUCCAUGAUGACUGGAUGGGCCGUGACUACUUCCUUCCGGCCGAGAGACUAGCCGGGGAAGUUGGGAAGCCCGGGCAGAAGUCACUCCUGCAGCUGCUCAAUGAGAUCCGCGAAGAUCAAACUUUGAAAAGCUCUGUCCAGUUCUCAGACACUAACAAGUUUAGGGACGGGGUUUUACACCGUGCACCGCAGGAGAUGCUGCAGUAUGCUGCUCAGUAUACGGUGUCGGCGGAGCAGAUACCUGAGGGAUUGGCAGAUAUGAUAAACACAGUUGUGUACUAUACGAGCACCGCGCAACGCCGUGACAAGGAGGUCAAGAUCGACUUUUUCUUCAUUCACUGUCUCAACUCCUCCAUCUUCUUCUCCACGCUCAUGAAUCUCCCAUUCCUCGACCAGAAAUCAAAAUGCCGUCUACUUGAGUGGAAGGGCCGCUUGGACCUUUUGACAUACGUCUCUCGCAACUCUCCGGACCUCCUCAUAGACGAGGUCGCACAAUACCCAGCACAGAAAGACUGGCAGGCCGUUAUCUCCCACAGUGUGGCACACCCAUCCGACGACGGACAUCUAUCCAAGCUUGUGCGGGCUGUAGCGCACGGAAAGAACGUAUGCGAGCCGUAUCAGAAGAAUGGCACUAUGCCGAUAUCUGGAGAUAUGUGGCUCAAGAUUGGGAAUAUGGCUGUUGAUUCUACUGCUGGAAAUGCUGCGAUGUGGAUCCGCUCAACGGGGUUUGAUGAAGCGUGGCAGGACAUUGCGGGACGUGCGCGCUUAUAA